CCAGUCCCAGUGGUAUGAGCCUCCGGCUCUCGGGCCUCCGCAAGUAGGCGGGCCGCGCAGGCGCAGAGAGCCCAGGCCACGCCGGCUGAGUAGCCUCAGAGCGGGAUGCGGUGACGCCCCUAGACGGCCAUGGCAGCGGCAGAUGAGCUGACCUUCCAUGAGUUCCAGGAAGCCACUGAUCUCCUGGCUGAGACCCCAGAUGCGGUCACCACGAGCAAAAAUGACCAGCCAACCCCACAGGGACACGUGGCUGUGGCCAUGGGCUUGGGUGGCAGCUAUGGAGCCGAGGAGGAGGUGGAAGAGGAGAGUGACAAGGCCGCGCUCCUGCAGGGGGAGAAGCAGCAGCCGGGAUUCUGGACCUUUGGCUACUAUCAGAGCUUCUUUGACGUGGACACCUCGCAGGUCCUGGACCGGAUCAAAGGCUCGCUGCUGCCCUGGCCUGGCCACAACUUUGUACGGCACCAUCUGCGGAGUCGGCCAGACUUGUACGGCCCCUUCUGGAUCUGUGCCACACUGGCCUUCGUUCUGGCCAUCACUGGCAACCUGACACUGUUGCUGGCCCAGAGGAGGGACCCCUCCAUUCACUACAGCCCCCAAUUCCACAAGGUAACCGUGGCAGGCAUCACCAUCUACUGCUACGCGUGGCUGGUGCCGCUGGCACUGUGGGGCUUCCUACAGUGGCGCAAGGGUGUUCGAGAGCGCAUGGGGCCGUACACCUUCCUGGAGACAGUGUGCAUCUACGGCUACUCCCUCUUUAUCUUCAUUCCCACUGUGGUCCUGUGGCUCAUCCCUGUCCCAUGGCUGCAGUGGCUCUUUGGGGUGCUGGCCCUGGCCCUCUCAGCCGCUGGCCUGGUGUUCGCCCUCUGGCCCGUUGUCCGUGAGGACAGCAGGCUAGCAGCCGCGGCACUGCUGUCCACGGUGGUGCUGCUCCACACCCUCCUGGCCCUGGGCUGCAAGUUGUACUUCUUCCAGCCACUGCCUCCAGAACACAUGGCACCUCCACCCCAAGCCACAUCUCUGCACCCCCACACACUGCUGCCACCCACCCUGCCACGGUCCAUCACAGCCUCCUAGGAAGGCUACCGUCUUGCAGGCGAAACAUAAGGGACACCUCUGCCUGUCCUGCCCCCAGAUAAUGACUGAAGACUGCUUUGAUACCUCAAGAUCACUCUGCUACUUUCCAGACUUUUCUUACAAAGCAAACAUUUUUAUUUUCUAUGCAAAGGUGAUUCAGAGAGUUUAUAUAAAGGCAGGGAGGGGGCAGCCGAGCAGGGAGCUUCCAGUGUGGCUCGGGUGACACUGUGUGGAGCGGGACCAGGGCCUACCCACCCCCCAGCCUGCCUGCUGGGCCUUCUUCCCUGACACCGGCCAAGAACGGGAGGGGGGCAGGCCCUGGCCCCGACUGUGCCCUCCCUUCCCUAGGUACACAAUGAAUGGGGCUUUGGGCCUACACUGAGCUCCCGUACAUCUGAGUUUGGGGUGUUAGAAAAAGGGGGAGCAGAAGAAGAAGAAAACUGCCUGUGCUGAAACAUCCAUUUCCUUGUUUAUUUUGCCUUUUUUUUUUGGAGGGAGAGUUCUCUGCAAGGCCCCGUCCCCAUGUGGAGAGGAACCAAAAUGCCAUAAUACAAGUAGGGACUGGAGCGUCUACAAGUACCGAGGGGAGAUACACAGGCCUAAAGUCAGCUACGGGAAAGGGGUGCCUUCUGUGACAGAUCCUUGAGGUUUCUGGGUCUGCCCCAGCAGCCUCUGGGUGAACCUUCCCUCCAGGCCAGGGUCUGGGGGCUGCCCACUCUAGCUCUUGUCGAGGGUGGAGAGGGGACCUGCAGGGUCUCAGCGACAGGACAGCAGCAAGAGGCAGGGGCCAAGGACAGAGGGCCUUCCCCACAGCCAGGCUGGGUUGUACAUUCAAGUGUGAGGUGAACCCUUUGGUGUGGGGGCUAUGGGUACCCCAGAGGUCUGGCCCACUCCUGCCCCUCACCGCUAAGCCUCUGAGUCUGGGGAGAGGGGCUGCUGGCUCGGCCCGGCCGGCCUGAUUUCUCAGAGGGUCUGUGGAUUGACACUGGUUCUUUUCGUAAAAAAAUAAAAUUAAAAAAAAGCAGCAUGUCACGCCCAUUGUGACCAAGGCCUGGUAGUUGAAAGGAAGGCCCCGCCCAGCCAGGGCUGCCUUCCCACUAGAGACAGGCAAGGGGGUAGGCGCUGAGGGACA